AUGGUCCAGUUUGGCUUCGCGUUUUCAUUAUUGGGCCUUUUACUGCCCUUGGCUGCGGCAGAGGAUGGGUUCGCUGGCUGGUUGCGGUUUGCUCCGGUACCCUGUGAUUCUUCUUGCCUGCAGGGUCUACCUUCACACCUUACUCUAUUCAAUGGCACCGAAGGAAGCCCAAUUGAAACAGCGGGCGCUGAGCUGAACUCCGGAUUCCAGUCGAUUUUCUCGAAAGACCUGGCAACCACGCAAUCACGCUGUGACACAUCAUCCUCGGUCUUGGUUGCGACACUUGAGGAAUUCCGGCAUAAAUGCAACGCCACUAUUGGCAUUCCAGAACUCGAUCAAGAUGGGUUUUGUUUGCGAUCGGCUGGCAAAUCUGUCCAAAUCUUGGGGCAGAGCGAGCGAGGGGCAUUAUAUGGAGCAUACGAGUACCUUUCCCUGCUAGCCCAGGGAAACUUCUCCCAUGUCGCCUAUACAAGCAACCCCCAUGCGCCAAUACGUUGGGUCAAUCAGUGGGACAACAUGGAUGGCUCGAUUGAGAGAGGCUUCGGCGGAUCCUCAAUUUUUUUCAAGAACGGUCGGGUCGUUGAGGACCUGGCACCAGUCAAGCAAUAUGCUCGCCUCCUUGCGUCGACGCGGAUCAAUGGUUUGAUCGUCAAUAACGUCAAUGCGAACGCAACUCUACUGUCGUCUGAAAAUAUGAAGGGACUUGCUCGGAUUGCAGAUGUAUGUCGACCUUACGGUGUCCAGAUUGGCGUAUCGCUGAACUUCGCAUCUCCCGAAACACUCGGCGGCUUAGACACCUUCGAUCCACUCAACGCAAACGUUGUUGCCUGGUGGAAUAAUAUCACAAACAGCUUAUAUGAUCAUGUUCCCGAUCUGGCAGGGUAUCUAGUCAAGGCUGACUCCGAAGGUCAGCCCGGCCCCAACACAUACAAUCGGACGUUGUCGCAAGGCGCAAAUCUUUUCGCACGAGCUCUUCAGCCGCACGGGGGCAUUCUUAUGUACCGGGCCUUCGUCUACGACAGUAACUUGAAUGAGUCAGAUUGGAAGGCAGACCGAGCUAAGGCAGCAGUCCAGUACUUUAAAGACCUAGACGGCGAGUUUGAGGAGAAUGUGGUUGUGCAAAUCAAAUACGGGCCCAUCGAUUUCCAAGUGCGCGAGCCCGUAUCGCCUCUUUUCGCCAACCUGUUCCAGACCAAUACUGCCAUUGAGCUCCAGGUCAGCCAGGAGUAUCUGGGUCAGCAGAAUCACCUCGUCUACCUUCCGCCCCUGUGGAAGACUAUUCUCGACUUCGACCUUCGAGUUGAUCACAAACCCUCCCGCGUCCGGGACAUUAUAUCCGGAGAACGAUUCAAUCGCACCCUUAGCGGCUGGGCGGCUGUUGUGAAUGUUGGUACCAAUACAACAUGGCUAGGCAGCCACAUUGCCAUGUCAAAUCUAUACGCGUAUGGUCGACUUGCAUGGAGUCCGGAAGAUGAUUCGGAGCGUAUCUUGCAAGACUGGAUCCGGCUUACCUUCGGAUCACACCCUCAAAUUAUCAAUACCAUCACCAACAUCUCAAUGGCCUCUUGGCCCGCCUAUGAGAACUACAGUGGAAAUCUAGGCAUCCAAACCCUGACAGACAUUCUUUACACUCACUACGGCCCAAACCCGGCCUCCCAAGACAACAACGGAUGGGGUCAGUGGACUCGAGCAGACCACGAGUCCGUAGGGAUGGAUCGAACCGUCGGGAACGGAACCGGCUACACAGGUCAAUACCCUACAGAGAUUGCUCAACGAUAUGAGUACCUCAAUUCCACUCCCGAUGAUCUGGUUCUAUGGUUCCACCAUGUCCCCUGGACGCAUCGGCUUCACUCCGGCAAGACUGUAAUCCAGCAUUUUUACGAUGCCCACUAUGCCGGUGCCGAAACUGCGCAGACUUUUAUCACACAGUGGAAAUCCUUAAACUACCUGAUUGAUAAGGAAAGAUACGACGCCGUACUUGACCGACUCAUAUACCAAGCCGGGCACUCAAUCGUCUGGCGGGAUGCCAUCAACAACUUCUAUUAUAACCUUACGGACAUCCCUGACCAGAAGAGACGGGUGGGUCAUCAUCCUUGGCGUAUUGAGGCGGAGAGCAUGACGCUGCACGGAUACAAACCGUACACGGUCAGUCCGUUCGAGACGGCCUCGAAUGUGACGGCCAUUGUGACCACAUCGAAUUCAACAACCGGGACAGCGCAGACUACGCUCAACUUUCCAACGGGGACGUACGACAUUGGCGUCAACUAUUAUGAUCUAUACGGUGGCGAGUCGCGCUGGACACUGAGUCUCAAUGACAAAGUCGUGGGCGAAUGGGUAGGCAACUUCCGCAACCACUCGCUGGGUAAUUCUGCCUCCAUCUACAUGGAUGGUCACUCGGCGACACGGAUCACGUUUCAAGGAGUCAAGGUCCAGAAGGGGGAUGAGUUGAAGAUUGUCGGACAGCCGGAUGGCGUUGAGCCUGCGCCAGUGGAUUACGUAGUGGUACUUCCAGCUGGAUUGGUGGAUUAG